AAUGGCAGGCAUGCUAAAGAAGUCACCAUCGUCCCUUUGGUCUAACUCAGCAUGUGACUGAACCUACCCACACCACAGCAAAGGGCACGCUCUUGAUUUGAUCAUUACUAAAGGUCUGACUUCACAUCCAUUUCAAACCAUUUAAAUCACCACGAAGGAUGUCUCUCAAAAGCAUCCCAGCGCUAGAGAUUUUCCUGGCCAUCUUGGGCAUCGGCCUCCUCAUCAUGUUCUGCACCACCUUCUGCAGGGCGUGCAGCCGCCUGAGGCAGGAGCAGAUUGAAAGGGAGGCGUGGAGGCGCAGCGAGCACGACGGUCGCCCUCCUUCCAUAUAUUUCAUCCCCUAUCCCGGAAGACUGUCGCAGCAGGAAGAUGAAGACCAUCACAGGGGUCCUCGGUACAGUCAGGAAGUCUUCACACCUCCACAGUACAACGCUGCAGGCUACAAUGGACCCCCCCCUUCCUAUACUGAGCUGGGAUGUAAGCCUGAGGAUCUGCCACCUGCGUACACAGAAUACAACAUCAACCCGAUCAUAGCGCCAGCUCACAUGGAUGCGGUCCAAUCUCCGACACAACCAUAAGACACUGCAGCUGUGAGCUAAUGGACACAGAGUCUGAUUAUUGCACUGGCGUCACUGGACUUUAUCUUGAAUGUGAGUGUGGGAAUGAAGAUAACAGAAAAACGAUGGACGCUGCUGAGUUGGCACCAAUCUGGAGUAUCCUUAGAACGGCCAAAAGUAAUUUAACUACUGCACAGUUUGCUUUUCCAUACAUUUUUGGGAGCAAAUAAUGGUAUAAAUAUUUCAACAAAGGUAGCUGGUCUACUUAGGUGUGUAAACUCGUAAUUUUGUAUGCU